AUGCUAGAGUGGUCCACUACGACAAUCAGUCAACACAGCAGCAGGAAUCUCAACCAAGAUAUGGAGACAGUGGCCGAAGUCCUGGGUUGGGGAAUAGAGAAGCGCGACAAUAAGGACGAUAAGGACGGCACUUUGUCAUUGAUCUACGGACCUUCAAACAACUACGAAUCGGUCCACGUCCGAGCGGGAUAG